AUGGAAGUGUCCCGUUCAUCCAUCAAGGACAGGCAGUGUGUAUCUUUGUGCGAGACAUCUCCUCGUCUUCUGUUCACUGUCGUCGAUGUUCACAACGCUAGCCCCACUGCUCUCAAAAUAAUCCGUGCCGGCGGCGUCCCGGUCCCCGAGGAUAUAGGCUGGGACUUUCCACCCUCUUUGCCAUUGAUAUCUGCGGUUCCUGAGAACGUACUGGAACCUGCGUUGGGUCUAUGUCGGACGCCCAAGCAACUACGAGCGGCCAAGCGAUCUCUGAUCGCUAAGUGGCCCCGAACUCGCCGUUACAGAACGCUGCAGUCCACCGUCUCUUCAGACGUAUCGACUAGCCACCACUCGACCUGCCCCCAUAGUACCUUUCAGUCGAAAUCUAGAAGCCCGCUCCCGGUCGACGGGCAGCACAUGGGUAGUGCAAGCUCUGCCACGCACAUGGCGGGCGGGGCUGUAUACUUGGCCCAUGAUGGUCUAUGGGAUGAGGAAGCACUUCGCCAUACACAACCCGACUUCGCAUAUCAGCCUCACCGCGUACAUGACCAUGCUUCUGGUCACGACGAGCAUGUGCCAGUCCACAAUGCCGAAGCGCAUCGUACAUCUGAAGCGACAGCGGGCAACAUGCUUGAUGGUACGCUCGCCGCGGAAUUCGCUCGCUUCGUUGCCGAGACGCUUGCACAGCCCCUUACUACCUUCGUUGGCGCGCAUACGUCGCCGGACUGGCUCGCUUUCCCGCCGCUAUCAUCUUAUUCCACGGCCGCGAGGAGUGCACCAUCGCAAUUCCCGGUAUCUUCUAUACUGCCCUCUGCCUCGGUAGCAACAUCUGCGGCACCGCCUGUGUCAAUUCCAUGCACUUGUGAGAUGUCUACACUCGCUACGCCGGCGCUCACACUCUGGUCCGAAACGGACGUGUAUUCUCACUCCGACAGUGAUGUACUGUUCCCACCCUUGUGGCCAUCCAUCGAGGCGGCGAUGUUUUCAGACGCUUCUGUCGACUCUCCGUGUUGCCCUUGCCAGGAAGGAGCUGGUACCGGAACUCCCUCGGAUGGACUCACCGUGGACGACCAGUCUAGCCUCCGUAUCGCAGCCCCGCAGCUUUCGGCGUCCAACGCUAAUACUCAGUGGUCGCUCUUCGACAAACCUAAGCCGCCCCCCAUGUCCUCCGCUUUGGCUGCGCAAGACGAUGCAUAUGGGGCUUAUCCAUCUCUGGUCGGGGCUCAAUCGUGGCCCUGGCCGUCGGCCUCAGCGAUCGAACAUCACUUCGAGCAUUAG